AUGGAAGCCUCUCCUUUUAAGGACACAUCAUUAAAGCUCUCAGACGAUGAAGUUCAUAUCUUGACACCAAUUCCUCAGAGAGCUUUUAGCCUCCAAGUAUCCCCGUUUUCCCAAUCCCUUCUUAAUUUAUCCCCAAUAGGGACAUUACCAUCUCAGCCUUCCUUUUAUACCCAUCUGUAUAUUCUAAUUAGUAAUUUUACCCCAAAAACCUUAUGAGCGCCCAUAUCUACCCUUUCUCCGCUUAACCAAGAAGACUCCAAGCUUGAUUUAAUUACAGCUUCAACCCGCUUUAUUCAAAAAUUAGAUUUUUCCAAAGUAAUUGAAGGCAAAGCUCGAUUCCGAGCCAGUUCCCUCACUGUCGAAGUCAAUAUCCAAGACGAAGCCGCCGACAACAGCGAGCUUUCCACGUCUUCCUCAAUUUCCAAGCCAAAAAAGCGUCCUCGCGACGAGCUAAAGCUUGAAAAGAAAACCUGUUGUAAUUGCCAAAAAUCAAGAUGCUUAAAACUCUACUGCGAUUGCUUCGCAGCUGGGAUUUACUGUGAAGGCUGCAGCUGUAAUGAGUGCUAUAACGUUCUAGAGCAUGAAAACAUACGGGCAGGGUAUAUAAACGCAAUUUUAGAAAAAAAUCCAAAAGCAUUCAAACCAAAAUUUAAGACGAUUUUGGUGAAGGGGGAAUCAAAAGCAAUGCAUAACCGAGGCUGUCACUGUACAAAGUCAGCUUGUCUGAAGAACUAUUGCGAAUGCUUUCAAAGCGGGAUUGCAUGUGGAGAUAGCUGCCAAUGCGUCGGAUGUCAAAAUGAUAUCCAAGGCACAAUGAAAAGAAUUCAGCUUGAUAAAGCGGUUAUCUCCUAA